CGCAUGCGUCGAUCUUUCUUUAUGUGCCGGAGCUAUGGGCCGCCGCCCUGCGCGUUGCUACAGAUACUGUAAGAACAAACCAUAUCCAAAAUCACGUUUCUGUAGAGGUGUUCCUGAUGCAAAGAUACGGAUUUUUGACUUAGGUCGAAAAAAGGCAAAAGUAGAUGAGUUUCCACUCUGUGGUCAUAUGGUGUCUGAUGAAUAUGAACAACUGUCCUCUGAAGCUUUGGAGGCUGCACGGAUCUGUGCCAACAAAUACAUGGUGAAGAGUUGUGGCAAAGAUGGUUUCCAUAUCCGUGUUCGGCUGCACCCUUUCCAUGUUAUUCGAAUCAACAAAAUGUUAUCUUGUGCUGGUGCUGAUAGACUUCAAACAGGGAUGCGAGGUGCUUUUGGGAAACCCCAGGGUACUGUUGCUCGAGUUCAUAUAGGACAGGUGAUCAUGUCUAUUCGCACCAAGAUCCAGAACAAGGAGCAUGUGAUUGAGGCUUUGCGCAGGGCCAAGUUUAAGUUUCCAGGACGCCAGAAGAUCCACAUCUCCAAGAAGUGGGGCUUUACAAAAUUUAAUGCAGAUGAAUUUGAAGACAUGGUAGCUGAGAAACGUCUCAUUCCUGAUGGCUGUGGCGUCAAAUACAUUCCCAGCCGUGGUCCACUGGACAAGUGGCGUGCAUUCCACUCAUCUUAAAGGGGAAGGAUCAUAUGUAUUAAGCUGUUAUCCUUGCUUAUCCCCAGAUAUUGGCUACAAAUAAAUAAGAGUUGCUGCCUA